GGCUUACUCUUGCUUCCUCUCAAACAGUCAAUGCAUUCUUUCACACCAGCGUCUUAGUGUCACUGUAAGAAGCUGAACGCUGCAGCUACUAACAAGACAAUCAUAAUAGUUACUUUUUAUAUUUUUGGUUGAUUUUUUUGGGGAGUUUAACCAAUGAUCAAGCUUGAAUAUUUGAUUGACAUGCGUGUUAAAAGUACUAAAUGACAACUUGACAGCAGUAGGCUAGCCAUGGUGGAGCAAGCGUGGAUACUGAGGAGUUUAUUGGAGGAGUUGGAGACAGAGGAGGCUGAGGACGAAGAGGCACCGGAUGGCAUCGCUUCACAAUUUACUAGGCUGAGAAACCAGUCCACGAAGUAUCGCACUGACAAGAUCUACACCACCAAGACAGCAGAGAAGUCAGAGAACAUCAAGAAAAACAGAUACAAAGACAUAAUACCCUUUGACCACAGCAGAGUGAAGUUAACGCUCACCACUUCCAAAAAUGACACUGACUACAUCAAUGCUAACUUCAUCAAGGGAGUGACAGGUUCCAGGGCGUACAUAGCCACACAGGGUCCACUGCCUCACACUGUACUGGACUUUCUCAGGAUGCUGUGGGAAUACAACAUCGAGGUUGUGGUGAUGGCAUGCCGAGAGUUUGAGAUGGGGAAGAAAAAGUGUGAGUGCUACUGGCCAAAAGAACAGGAUGUGCCGUAUGUCUGUGGGCCAUUUACCAUUUACUGUGAUUCCGAGGAAAAUAAAGGAGAUUAUGUGACAAGGACGCUGACAGUGAAUUAUCGCAAUUGCAGCCGGACCCUGAAGCAGCUCCAUUAUGUGAACUGGCCUGACCACGGUGUGCCAGACUCCAUUCCUCCCAUCCUGGACAUGCUGCAGGAGAUGCGCUCAUACCAGGAUCACGACGACACGCCCCUCUGUAUUCACUGCAGUGCUGGCUGUGGCCGAACAGGAGUCCUCUGUGUAAUCGAUUACACAUGGAACCUCUUAAAGAAGCAGAUGAUCACCUCUGAUUUUAACAUUUACAAACUGGUUCAAAACAUGAGAACGCAAAGGCCAUCCGUGGUCCAGACUAAGGAACAGUAUCUGCUGGUGUACAGAACCAUCAAACUCCUUUUUGAGCGAUAUUUGGAGUCGGAGGCUACACUGGAGCAGGGCAGUGAGGUUGACCCGGAGGAGGCGGUCCUGGCUGAGAUUGAAAGAGAAGGCUAUGAAAAUGAAGAUUUGAAUGAUUUGGAAACAAAGAUACAACAUCUUCUAGAAAUAACCGCAGAGCAUUCGACACCAUCAGAACAUCUAUAUAGAAACACGACUGAGGCCGACAACCUGUGGCAGUAUUCUGAUGACCUGCAGGUAACAUCCUUUUUCACUGAGGUCCCAAAGAGCACUUCCCCAAAAGAAAUGAACUUCCCGGCAGAACUAGACGAGUGGAGGAUACAGGAAAAAGAGGAGGAGAGGAGUGAGGAGAAGGAGGACAGUGAAACCAUAGACCCUUGCCCCUCGUCCUCCUCAUCGACUGUGUGUCUGACAGUAGAAGAUCCAUACUUUGACUCUGUGGCAGAAGAACCACCCCAAACCCCGUGGUCCUCCUGUGGGACCCCCUCACUGAGCAUCAACGAUGAGCCUGUGGAAGUCUUCAUCUUUAACGACUCUGGCACUUUACACGUCCACUCAGACGAUGAGACCCCUCCUCCUCUACCUAAAAGAACUCCUGAGUCAUUUGAAAUACCUGAAAAUACAGAGCCGUCCAUGAGCCUAGCUGUUGUUAUUCCCUUGAAUGCUGCAGCUGCUGCUGUCAGGGAACUGAGAGGUAGUAAUCCUCCAUCACCAGUCCCUCCACUUCCAGAGAGAACCCCGGAAUCUUUUGAGUUAGCCAUAGACCCAGCUCCAUCAGAGGAGCCCGUACAGCCCACCUUUCCUGUAAACUUGAACCUGGUGGGCUUGUCUUCAGAGUGGUCCGGCAGCUCUGGGGUUGGCCUGGAUCAUAAUGAGACAAAGAACUGGGUCAGGAGUAAGAGUCUCAGAGCAAAAAGGACUUUUUCAGAAUUCUCACAAUCCAAGCAGACCUCAAAAACCAGUUCAAAACCCCCUCGGCAUCAGCGACCUGUAGAGUUACCUCCUCCUCCACCACCUCCUCCACCACCUCCUUCAGGGCCCCUACUUCCAGCUGUCGCCCCUCCUCUCACACAAGACAACACACAUGGCUUAAACAGCCUUGGACCACCACCCUUACAAACAGUGCCCCCCACUCCCAGCAUCAUCAUCUCCUCUGAGGGGGGUGGAGCAACUCCGUCUAAGAGUUUCCUGGAUGUUGUCAUGAACCGAAGCAAGAGUGUGAGAGUAAAAGGCUCCGCCAGAGAGCCCCUGACUGUCUCUCGGUCCCGGACCCCCCCUCCAGCUGCAGAGGCCACUACUUACAGAAAUGCUGAUGAAGGACAUGUGGUGAAUAGCAGACUGUCAGUUGCCGCUGACGUGUCUGAAAAGGGCAUCACCAGAUCUAAGAGUUUGAAGUUCUUUCGGGGAAAACACAAAACAAAAAUUGAGCCUUCCCGGUCUCAACCCUCAACUCCUCCUCCAUCAUAUGAAUCACUGACUUCGUUUUUCAAAUUUGGAUUUGGGACUCGUUUCGGAAAACCAAAAGGCCCAAGGAGGUAUCCAGAGACUUGGGUUUGACUUAGUCCCGAUUAAAACUGUUGAAUGCUGGAUGUAAUUUUACAAAGAAAGCUGCUUAAAAAGGGAAUGUAUGAUGCAAUAUACAAAAGAAACAUGCUCUCACAGACCACUGAUUUUGACCAAAGGAAACAGCAGAAAAUAGGACUGAAAAAUCCCAGAGAUUGAGACCUAUAUUAAAGAUUUACUAGGUAACUUUCUAGGUACUCACCUAGAAAGAUAGAAUUAUCCAUAGUUUGACAUUAAAUGUAUUUAUCUCUAUGAAAACAAGCAGAUAACGCUGCCAGGCCAAGUUACUGGUUACUGUUGAGAGGUGAGCCUGCUUACAGUAAGAAUACAUGUUUUUCAGGGUAUUUUAGCUUGUGAUCAAAACUACUGCGUAAACUGUAGCAUUAUCUUUAUGCAAAAUAGUUUGUUUUUUGCUAAGUGAGUGUGAAAUGCAUUAGCGCAUUAUCCAAAAACAAUAAUUUUUGCCACUUGGUUGAUAAGCUUGAACAUUUCAUUUGAUUUUAUAACAUCAGAAGGAAAAACAAAGCAGUCAGCCAUUGUGUGCAGUCUUGUCUGAAGUGUUAGCAUGUACUCCUAAUGCCCAGGGAAUAAUGUUACAAAGUACUGUUAUAAAAGAGAGUUUAUUUGUCUUAUUUGUUAGUGUGGACAAAUAUAUUUAUUAAAAAUGUAUUUAAACACC